GUAGUCGUGAGAAGAGUCAGUCGGUGACGGGUAGUGUCUUUAGUGGCGUGGUGAACGAUUGAAUUGAGCCGCUUGUGUUAAAAAAUGAGCUGGCAGGAUUACGUUGACAAGCAGCUGCUCGCGUCUCGGUGUGUUACCAAAGCUGCGAUUGCAGGACACGAUGGCAAUCUUUGGGCAAAGUCUGAAGGCUUCGAAGUAAGUAAAGAGGAGUUGACGAAAUUGGUCCAGGGAUUUGAAGAACAAGAUAUUUUGACGUCGUCGGGUGUCACCUUGGCCGGCAACAGGUACAUUUACCUGUCAGGUACGGAUCGAGUGAUAAGGGCAAAACUUGGAAAAGUUGGCGUCCACUGCAUGAAGACGACGCAAGCAGUAGUUGUCUCUCUUUACGAAGAUCCUAUACAACCACAGCAAGCCGCAUCGGUCGUUGAAAAACUUGGGGACUACCUUGUGUCCUGCGGCUAUUAGGUUAGUAUAUACUAACCUCUGGGACCCAACAUAAAUAUCUAAUAUUAAUAUUAAACGAUCGAUUAUUUUAAUGAACAGCGAAUGGAAUGCGUCAUGCCGCACGAGUCGCGCCGGAACUGCCGCAAGCUUGCCGCGCGACAUUCGAUGAAAAGCAACUACAUCAGCAACAACACCAGCAACACAGCUAUCAUAUUCCAGUCGUCGUUCUCUCCUCUUCGAUUCGGCUGGUCGACGUUCGAGGAACAGACGCAAGCGCUCAUACAUAUGCGCAAUAAUUUUUGAAAAAACUCAUAGGCAUUUACUUGAAAAAUGAUCGCGCAAAUUGUAAUCGAUGAAGUGCGGUCUUUUCAUUGUUUUUGUUUCGAUAGUAGCACUUAUGUUUUGAAUUUUUAUUCCAAUGUGUAUUUACAAUCGAGAUGUCAAUAUUAACGACAGAAUUCCAAAAACUUCGAUGAAGAAAAAAGAAAAAAAUGCUUUUUUACAAUUGAAUAAAAAAAAAAGAAUAAAAAAAGAAAUGAAAAAAAUAUAAACUAAAAAUACAUGCAGUUUUACAUUUAUACAGCUCCAUAUAAACAAUAAAUAUUUACUUAAAAAGUGAUAGUGAUUGGGAAUAGAUCAAAUAAACAAUCUUUCAUUUGCGAAUGAUCGUGUGUCGAUUCGUCGAUGGAGAGAAAAAAUACACAAGAAGCAUGCAUUAAAUAUAAGAAAUAAUGAUAAUAAAUAAUAGUAAACUAUUGCGUGUUAGAUUUACAGUCUUUGUAGCGAAUGAAAGGAUAAUAGAAAUGGAGAGAAAGAGUGAGCGAAAUAUGAAAAGGAUGAAAGAAAAAGAAAGAGAGUGAACGAAAGCGAGAAAGUAUGUUAGAGAAAGUUUAAAGGGAUAGAAACUAAAAAUGGAAAGGGCGUGAAAGAAAAAAUGAAUGAUCGAGUAAGAAAGAGAACGUGCGAAUGAGAAUAAUAAGGGAAAAGGGGAGGUAGCAUGAAAGGAUUGAUUUUUAAAGAUUGAACAGCAAGAAUCGUGAAACGGAAACAAGGAGCGGUUGUCUAAAGGUAUGUCGGAGAGCGCAAUAGAGGUACAAUAUCGAUGAUAAAGAACAAGAAAAAGAAAUAUGUAAAAGCGACUACGUCGAUAAGAUAGUGACGGUAAGGAGGACGGUGCGGAUGGUGCGGGCAAACGUGCGGCAGAGGGUGAAAAGGCGUGGAUUGAUACGAUCCUGGCCACCUCCCUCUCCCAGAUCGAUACAACCCUUUUAACUAUUUACUCUCUUUAAUAUUGCUAUGUGUAAGAAAAAUAAAACAAACUGACAAGAGACAUGUCAUUUAUCGAGAAAGAAAUAGAGAGGAACGGGGAUGAGAACUGGAACGAGAGUCGAAGAUAUACACCAAGAUAAUAUAAAUAUAUAAAUAUGACAUUCGAGCGCGCGUGACAUGCAUACAGAACACAAAAUAUAUGAUUGCAAAAGUUGAAAGAACUAUACACGGAACAGAAGUUAAUAAUUAAAUUGUUCGAUCUUCAUAUUUUCAUUUAUUCUUAUAUCUUUAUUUUUCUUUCUUAUUAAAUGAUCAAUAUUUCUUAGCACAAUUUUUUAUCAAAGAUAAUAUUAAUGUGGAACUAGUUGAAAAUUAAAUAUAUUAAAAUGCAACAUUGAAAUUUGGAUCUAUUAAGCAUUUAAAAGAAUAGAUUCCUUUGACCGUGUAAAUGUUUCUCAUUCGAUUAAUGCAGUCUUAUACGAGUUAUAUCGAGAAAUACCCACGCAGUCAUACAGAUGCGUUCACGCGUACACAUACACACGCUCAUAUACAUGACAUACAUACAUUUAAUACACGAUACUGCUACCAUUUAUUAUUACUGUAAUAUUAUUGCUACUAUUAUUACUAUAACUGAUUGCUUGUCGAUUCGGCUGGCGUCAAGCAGCAACCCAAACUACUAUGUAACGAUUUUUAUUGAUAACAAAAUAAGGAAUAAACAUUGAAGUAAUAAUUGUAAUAAAAGGUAACUCCCAGGCGUCGUUGAAAUAUUCGCAUCUGCCUCAUACUUUUAACUUUUCCUUUUUUAUUUGGAAAAGGAAUAAUAUAUUUUGAUCCUUUCAUUUUAUAAAAUCAUCGUAUUUGAGAUCAACGAUGCGACUACUAUAUUUUUCGUGCUUUAUUAAACUCAAUGGCCGAUAAACACUUCGACUUUUUAAGAAUGUAUAACGGAAGAUGGUCGACGUUAUGGUUCGGACAGGAAAAGCAGAAAUAGAAAGCAAAAGCUGGUAUAUUGGACGGGGAGGGGGGGGUGAGCGAGUGAGGGUGAUGGGUGCGCGCGUGAACGCGCGCGCCUGUGUGUAUAAGAGAGAGAGAGAGCGAGGGGUACAUUUUUGGUCGGUUAAAAUUAGAUAUAACUUUGUAAAGCCGAUAUACUUGCUCUUAAGAUUUUUUUGCAUAUGUCGAUAAGAAUCUUCGGAAUCAUAACACGAAUAAUGUUUAAAAAAAAAAAAUAAAUUUGUAUAAAGCGGUGUAACGGAGCGUGUUUUGUUUCCAUUUAUUCAUUUAUUUCAAAUACAUUCAUAAUAAUAUUUA